ACGUGGAUAUAUAUGCAACCUUCAUUUCUCAAAUCAUGGAGUAUUUCUGUAUUUCUUAUAUAUAGGGUGUAGAAGUAGUACUAAGUUUUGCUGCGCGCAAAGAAGGGCCGAAGAGAUGGAUUUAACAGGUUUGAGCCACCUCUUUGUAACGGUUUUCCUCUCAGGCUUUGCUAGCUUCACGGUGGUUCCAUCCAUCACCGAUGUCACCAUGUUGGCUCUUUGCCCUGGUCAAGAUGAGUGCUCCCUCGCAAUCUACCUCACUGGUUGCCAACAGGCGAUCAUAGGAUUGGGAGCAAUGAUAAUUACACCCCUAAUUGGGAAUCUAUCUGACGUGUACGGCAGGAAAGAGUUGCUCACCCUCCCCAUGACUCUCUCCAUUCUUCCUCUAGUGAUAAUGGCAUAUAGCAGGACGACCAGCUUCUUUUAUGCCUACUUCUUCAUAAGGACUCUCACUGCAAUGGUCGGCGAAGGCAGCAUCAAUUGCCUUGCUCUUGCUUAUGUGGCAGAUAAAGUCCCAGAUGGACAACGGGCAUCAGCAUUUGGAAUUCUAGCCGGGGUUGGUUCAGCUGCAUUUGUAUGUGGAACCUUAGUGGCUCGUUUUCUCUCCACUGCUGCGACAUUUCAGGUUGCUGCUGUCAUGUCGAUGAUUGCAGCAGUUUACAUGAGAGUUUUUCUCAAGGAAAGCAUACCCAAUGGGGAUGGUUUAAGACAGCCAAUGUUGAACGGAACACCUCAUGGUGAUUUAGAAAAGACCACAACACAGGCCUUCAAGAGGAUUCCAUCAAUUGGGGAUCUGAUAUGCCUGAUGAAGAGCAGUACGACAUUUUCACAAGCAACAGUGGUUUCAUUCUUCAAUGGUCUUGCAGAGGGUGGGAUUAUAGCUUCGUUACUGUACUUCCUGAAGGCCCGUUUCCACUUCAAUAAAAACCAGUAUGCUGAUCUCUUGCUAAUUUUUGGAGUUGCAGGGACCAUUUCACAGCUGCUUUUCAUGCCCAUGUUGGCACCAGCCAUUGGAGAGGAGAAGUUGCUUUCCAUCGGUCUCUUCAUGAGCUGUACAAACAUAUUUUUUAACAGCAUAGCAUGGUCAGUUUGGGUUCCUUAUGCCGCUACUGUGUUUUCCAUCUUUACUGUCUUUGUGCAACCAAGUAUACGCAGCAUCGUUUCGAAACAAGUAGGGCCCACUGAGCAGGGGAAGUCUCAAGGAUGUAUUUAUGGCAUAAGUUCCUUAGCCAACAUUGUUUCUCCAUUAAUCUUUAGUCCUCUAACAGCAUUGUUCCUGUCUGAAGAAGCACCGUUUCGUUUCCCUGGUUUCAGUAUUAUGUGCAUUGGGUUUGCCACGAUGAUUGCCUUUAUCCAGAGCAUUAUGAUAUGGGGAGUUCCUCCCAGUCACAAAACUGACAAUAAGCAAACCACGGAGGCCUAGUUAUGUAUAGAAUAUAGAUGAUAAUGUUAUAGUACUCUAACAUGAGGAGACUCUGAUCUCUCUAUAGCCAUUUUGCUCUGGGAGCAGUCUUGUUCUUUACGAGCCCCCAGAACAUACUUCAGAUCAAGAGAUAACAGGGAUUGAUUGUUAUGCACUAAACUAUAUAUUCAGAACAGCAUACAACAAUCUUGGAAGAUAUAAUUAAGGGCAUUCUAUGAUUAGGAGUGGGGGAGAACAUGGCAUAUUAAUGAACUCGUACAAUUACUAUGGGGUAGCCCAUUAAUGAAUUUUCCCUAUUGCUUAUGCUGAAAA